UUCUCCGCGGGGAGGGGGUCCCGGCGCGGGAAGGGGAGGGGCGCUGCGCGGCCGAGCUCAGUGGUGUCGCGUGUUUUGCGCCCCGCGGGAGGGGGCCGCGCCGUGGCUGUCCCGGACCCGCGCGCCCAGCCCCGUGAGUCCCAGGGGAGCUGACGGGGCUGCGGGCGCCCAGGCGCGCCCCCUCUUCCUGCACCGGGCCGGCUGCGGGGUGCUCGGGUCUCCGUGGAGGCGGGCCGGGCUGGAGGCGCCGGGUCCCCCGCGUCCCGGGCCGGGCGGCGGGGUGGGCGGGGAGAGGCGCCUCCCCGGAGCCCCGGGUCGGGCAGACGGCGGGCACAGCGGCCGCUCGCUCCUGUUGCCGCCUCCCGCGUCAGAGUUUUCUUUGGAAAGUUGCAUUUAUUUUCUUCCCUUGUCUCGGCUUCACCGGAAAGGGGCAGGAUGAGUCACCGUGGCGCGCACAGUCCGGGACCUGGGAGCCGGGAAAGGGGUCGGCGGUCGGGACGACGCGGGGUGCUCGGGCGCGGGCCAACUUGCUUGGGGAGGAGUGAGGGGUUAUUAAGGAGGGAAAGGUGGUUGAGCCCUUUCGGACGUUAGUCUUGGGGCUUGGCUCUGGGCAGAGAGUUGGGCUGGAGUGUGUGCCCCGUCCUGCGCAUCGGUUAUCCCUCAUGGGAGGAGGAAAAAGAGAGGGUGUCUUUAUCCUUGCCUCCCGGGCUCAGGUAGGGAUGGUGAGAAUCCUGAGAUCAGCAGACAGGUGUGAUGAGGUGAUAUCUGGGCACCCACUACAGCUUCUCAGGGCUCUGGGCUUAGGCAUGGCAGGCCUGCUGGAGAAGGCCCCAGGGACCUGCAGGGUUGCUCCUGAGUGAGGGUCAGUCCUUCCUAUAGUCUCCUGUUCUCCCCAGGCUCUGCAGCCCUGUCAGUUGAUCUUGCCCUUGACCUCUGAAUCAGUUUCCUCUUCCUGACAGACACCCUUGACCUGCUCAGCUUUUCCCUGGCUCCCCAGGGCCACACCUUCCCCUUUCGUUUUUCCCAAGGGGCCAGAGUUGAGGGUAGGGAGGGGUUUGGCAUGGUGGGUACCUGCUGAGGACUUGCCCUUCAGCUGUUACACGGACCCGAUCCCAGUGGAGCAGGGACUAAGAAUAGCCCAGCUGCUGUCUUGCUGCCCUGGAGUCUGCAGCCGGGCACAGCCAGUGGACCGGGGCCUAGAGUGACCCUUGCUGGGCUCCUGAAAGCGUUGCUCAGGGGUUGGGGUGAGGCCCUGGGGGCUUCUGGCUGCCUUUCAUGAUGCACUUAGCACUUCAGAGCGGGACAGCCUUGGUGUUGGACUCACCUGCCCAAGGCCUGGGGAACAGGCUGGCAUAUGGGGGUGGGGAGGGCAGGGCCAGGAAGUGUAGGCUGGUGAUUUCCUCAGGCUUCCCUACAGAGCAACUUCUAGGGUGUGAAUACAAAGUUAUUUGAGGUCACAGUCCUUUUUGUUGGAUGGGUCUCAUCCUCUCAUUCCUCCCUUAUCUCCUCCCCACAAGCUUGUCUGGAGCUGGGACUCUGUUGUUCUAAGAGUGCUCAGAAAAAUGGAGCUCGAGUCAGCAGGAUGAAUCUGAAGCUCUUUUAGGAUCUGAGUGUUGAGUUAUGUCCCCACCGAGGCACCCCACGACGACAGACAGGCGGUUAGCAUGGCUGAGAAACUAGACCUGCACGGAGGGCCCGCAGAAAUGGGUUUCUGGCUGAGUCCUACGCGGUCGGUGGCAGCAAGGAGGAGAGGCCUAGGCAUCUGGAGCAAGGCUGAGAUGGAGCAGUCCUGGAGUGUGUGAACAGGCCGGAGCCCUACCCGCCUGGUGCAUCAUGGUCCAGAGGCUGUGGGUGAGCCGCCUGCUGCGGCAUCGGAAAGCCCAGCUCCUGCUGGUCAACCUGCUGACCUUCGGCUUGGAGGUGUGCCUGGCUGCGGGUAUCACCUACGUGCCACCCCUGCUGUUGGAAGUGGGGGUAGAGGAGAAGUUCAUGACCAUGGUGCUGGGCAUCGGUCCAGUGCUGGGUCUGGUCUCGGUCCCACUCCUAGGCUCAGCCAGCGACCACUGGCGUGGGCGCUAUGGUCGCCGGAGGCCCUUCAUCUGGGCCCUGUCCCUGGGUGUCCUGCUGAGCCUCUUCCUCAUCCCGAGGGCCGGCUGGCUGGCGGGGCUGCUGUGCCCGGACACCAGGCCCCUGGAGCUGGCACUGCUGAUCCUGGGCGUGGGGCUGCUGGACUUCUGUGGCCAGGUGUGCUUCACUCCGCUGGAGGCCCUCCUCUCUGACCUCUUCCGGGACCCAGACCACUGUCGCCAGGCGUUCUCCGUCUACGCCUUCAUGAUCAGCCUGGGGGGCUGCCUGGGCUACCUUCUGCCUGCCAUCGACUGGGAUGCCAGUGCCCUGGCCCCCUACCUGGGCACCCAGGAAGAGUGCCUCUUCGGCCUGCUUGCUCUCAUCUUCCUCACUUGCGUGGCAGCCACACUGUUUGUGGCUGAGGAGGCGGCGCUGGGCCCAGCCGAGCCCGUGGAAGGGCUGUCGGUCCCCUCUGUACCACCCCACUGCUGCCCGUGCCACGCCCGCCUGGCUUUCUGGAACCUGCGCGCCCUCUUUCCCCGGCUGCACCAGCUCUGUUGCCGCAUGCCUCACACCCUACGCCGACUCUUCGUGGCCGAGCUGUGCAGUUGGAUGGCAUUCAUGACCUUCACACUGUUUUACACAGACUUUGUGGGCGAGGGGCUAUACCAGGGUGUGCCCAGGGCUGAGCCAGGCACCGAGGCCCGGAGACACUAUGAUGAAGGGGUCCGGAUGGGCAGCCUGGGGCUGUUCCUGCAGUGUGCUAUCUCCCUGCUCUUCUCUCUGGUCAUGGACCGGCUGGUGCAGCGAUUCGGCACCAGGGCAGUCUAUCUGGCCAGCGUGGUGGCUUUCCCCGUGGCUGCCGGCGCCACGUGCCUGUCCCGCAGCGUGGUGGUGGUGACCGCUUCGGCUGCCCUCACUGGGUUCACCUUCUCUGCCCUGCAGAUCCUGCCGUACACGCUAGCAUCCCUCUACCACCGGGAGAAGCAGGUUUUCCUGCCCAAAUACCGCGGAGAUGAUGGAGGUGGUGCCAGUGAGGACAGCCUGAUGACCAGCUUCUCACCGGGCCCUAAGGCCGGAUCUCCCUUCCCCAAUGGACACCUGGGUGCUGGAGGCAGCGGCCUGCUCCCUCCUCCACCAGCACUCUGCGGGGCCUCCGCCUGCGAUGUCUCCAUGCGUGCAGUGGUGGGCGAGCCACCGGAGGCCAGGGUUGUUCCGGGCCGGGGCAUCUGCCUGGACCUUGCCGUCCUGGACAGUGCCUUCCUGCUGUCCCAGGUGGCCCCGUCUCUCUUUAUGGGCUCCAUUGUUCAGCUCAGCCAGUCUGUCACUGCCUAUAUGGUGUCGGCUGCAGGUCUGGGUCUGGUUGCCAUUUACUUUGUCACACAGGUGGUAUUUGACAAGAGCGACUUGGCCAAAUACUCUGUGUAGAGUACUUCCAACCCAUUGAGGGAGGACCUGCCUCACUGGGUCCCAGCUCUCCCUAUUCCAGUCCCCCCCCACCACGUUGGCCCGGUAGGGCUGUGGGCUGGCCUUCCAGUUUCUAUUGCUGCCAAAGUGAUGUGGCUCUCUGCUGCCGCCCUGUGGCAGUGAGGUGUAUAGCUGCACAAGUAAGGGACUGGGGCUUCUUCCCUCCCACCUCUCCUCAGUCUUUAGGGCUGGCUGACUGGAAGCUCUCCAGCAGGCUUCAGUCUGGACUUCCACAAGGAAAGAAGGGCAGGGCAUUUAAUUAACUCUGUGCACUGGAAUGCAGGACUCUGCCGGUGGAUCACCCAGGCUCAGGGUUAACAGCUAGUGUCCUGGUUGAGAAAUACCCAGAGAAGGGAUUUGGGGAGCUGAGUAAAACUCAGCCACCUGGUCUCCUACAACCAAGGCCUCUUAUCCCAUAGGUUCUCCCAGUGUCGCUCUUGCAUGGGAGUUUGUAAUGUGAAACGGCUCCUCUACAGGAUUUGAAAGUAUGAAAGUUAUUGGGGGACGCGGUCCUGAGGGGAGAAGGGAAGCUGCCUAGCCCCACAGCGCCACCUCUCUCCUGUUCCCCCUCCCCUGCAUUUUAUUAGGACUUGGCUUGUUGGCCCCUGUGUUGCCAUCACAGGGACACGGGUUUUUAAAUAAUUAACUAUUUAUUUAAGUAGAAGGGGAAUCAAGGUGUUUAGGGGUUGGGUAGGAUGAGAUCCCUAAUGACUAGGUCCCCUGAGACGAUUGGUUAUUGGGCUGAGAAUUGUCAGAAUCUCCUUCUCCUGGAGUGAUUGGUCUGGCCCCAGAACUGCCUAACCCUGAGCCUGGAAGCUCUGCUUACCCCAACUGAUAUCCCAAAUCCUGUUACCCAAGGCGGGGAGGGCUGGGGAAACGUGAAGGGUGGGGCUUCAGGUCUCAGCAGCCUCCGUAGCCUCACCUCCCCUCUUGGCCCUGCCGUCCCCCCCAGCUCCCCUCUGCUCCCUCUAGGACUGGGCUGAUGAAGGAGCUGCCCAACCCCACCUUUCCCCACUGGCUCCACAGCCCUCUCCUUGGGGCUGUUUUGGGACCAGAAGCACAGAGUGUGGCUCCUUGAGCCUUUAUCCGUCUCAGCCCCCAGGGCAUAUCUGUGCUUGGGGAAUCUAGCACAGAAACUCAGGAGCACCCCCUGCCUGGGCUAAGGAGGUCUUAUCUCCGGGGGCUUUAAGUGCCGUUUGCAAUAAUGUUAUGUCUUAUUUAUUUAGUGGAGUAAAUAUUUUAUACUGUAUGUGAGCAAUCAGAGUAUAAUGUUUAUGGUGAUGAAAUUAAAGCCUUCUUAUAUGUUUAA